AUGGCUGCUGCUCCUGCUCCCGCCCUGACGGACGAGCAGCUCGAGCGCUACCUCGCGCACGUCGGGUACCCGCGCGAGAGGCACGCCGCCGACCCGCUCGCGCUCGUGACGGAGCUCAUGGCGCGGCAGAUCUCGCGCGUGCCCUUCGAGUCCUUUGCGCUGCACUACUCGCAGCAGCGCGUCGUGUCGCUGGACCUCGACGCCCUGUUUGACAAGAUUGUCGUGCGCCGCAGGGGCGGCUACUGCAUGGAGCUCAACGGCUUCUUUGCCGCGGUGCUGCGCCGCCUGGGGUUCACGGUGCUUAAUGUCGGGGCGCGGGUGCAGGUCGGCGGCGGCGUGUACUCGGGCUGGACGCACAUGAUCAACCUCGUCACCAUCGCCGGUCAGCGAUACGCCGUCGACGUCGGCUUCGGGCGCGACGAGGCCCUCAUCCCCCUGCCGCUCCAGCACGGCUUCGAGUUCACGCAGGUGCACCCGCAGCGCGGACGGCUCGAGCACCGCGCCCUCGCGCAGCACACGGACCCCGCGCAGCGGCUGUGGGUGUACUCGUCGCAGGCGGCGCCGGGCGCGGAAUGGGUCGAGCGCAACGCCUUCAGCGAAGUGGAGUGGUUCGCCGAGGACUACCGCGUGAGCAACUACCACACCAUGUUCAACCCGACGAGCUUCUUUGUUCAAAACGUGCUGGCGUUCCGCGGGGUGUUGAACGAGGAGUCGGGCCGCGUCGAGGGGCUGCUGACGCUGUUUCGCGACACGGUUAAGCGGCAAAUGGCGGGCGAUGGUGAGGCCGAGGUGGUGGAGACGCUCAAGUCGGAGGAGGAGCGGGUCAAGGCGCUGAACAAGUAUUUUGGUGUUGAGCUGACGCCGCAGGAGCAGAGGGGCAUACGGGGACUGCCGAGUGAGCUGCGUGGGUGA